AUGUGGAUGAAAGAUUGUGAUCAGUGUACAACAGCGAAACUUGGCGGUUUACAAGUAUGGAUGCAACAUUUAACAGAUGAACAUGUAAUACCAACUGAAUGGCCAAGUGAUCGAGUACUACGUCUAACUGGUACAAAUGCAUUACAUCCUUAUACAAUUAUUACUGAAUCAAAAAAGAAACGUAAAAAAGAUAGUAUACCAAGACCAUUGAAUAGUUUUAUGUUGUUCGCCCAACAUAUUCGUCGUAAUGUAUUACGUGUUUUCAGUGAUGCAUCAAAUUCAGUGAUAAGUCAACAAUUAGGUGAUUUAUGGCGUACCGUUCCAAGAAGUUGUCGUAAUCAAUAUGAUGAUGAAGCCAAUAGGUUAGUGAAAAUUCAUCAAAUCGAAUUCCCAAAUUAUAAAUAUCAACCGAAAAAACGUCAAAUCACAACGACGACGUCGACGACCCAUCCGCCGACCCAUCCAACGACAACAACAACAACAACAGCAUCGACCGCUACAUUAGUCGGUAACAAUAAUAGUAAUACUCAUGACUCAAUACGUGUAUUUCAUUCAAAUUCAAAUCAUACUCACAACACAACACAAACUCAUUCAAAAAAUCAUACAACACGAGAUGAACAAUUAAUAACGCCGAAUAAACCAAUCACUACUAAUUUACUUAGAACGAAUACAGAAUACAAUGGACAUUAUGCUUCAUCGCCAUCGUCAUCAUUGUCCGGCUCUACUAAUUCAGCUAUGACAAAUCGUACUUGUUCCAUAUCUGGUACAUCAUUAAUUCAUAACUCAGUGAUUAGUAAAAAACAAAUUAACAACAUUGUAGAUAUUCAUAGUCAACGCAGUAAUGGUCACAUUGAAUUAAUCAAUAAUUUGGUGACAAGUCCAUCGAAAUUAAGUUGUAAUACAAUUUAUACGAAACUAGAACCGAAACCAUUAAGUGUGAACAUUAUCAAUACUACUAGUAAUAGCAAUAAUAAUAAUAAUAAUCAAACGUUCUCAUUUAAAUCAAAUACACAUGGUAUUUCGACAGUUUUACCACCACUUGUCACAAUAUCCUCACAUCAACCACAUGAUCAUCAACAUCUGCAUCGUCAUCAACAACAUCAACAUCAACAAACUAUCGGUGUAUUUCAUGAACAAUUUCCAUGUGAUUCAGCUUAUGCAUCUGGAAUUAAUAGUUCAUCAUCAUCAUCAGCCUCAUCACCAACUGUAGGAGAAUUAAUUUCACCGGCAAAAUCAGCCUCCUCUUCAUCAUCAUCAUCAGUGAAAGUGAAUAAACAUUCACCCAUUCGACGUAAAAUUCACUUUAUUCCAAUAAGACCACAAUCACAGCAAUUAUUACCAAUUAGUAAUCAACCUAUAACAACAACACGUCAACGUUUUCUUUCAGCCAAUAAUGGUGUUACUACUCAAAAUACUACUAAUACUACUACUACUACUAAUAACAAUCAGAAUCAUUUUCAAUUUAAAACUAAUGCUGAAAAUGUCAUAAUAUUAUCGUCAAGAAAAUCAAAUGAUCAUCAUAUUCCAUUACAAUCGUUCAGAGAAGAAUUGAUGAGUGAUGAAACAAUUGUACUUCAAGAUAAUGUUAAUAAUCAUGAAUUAUUAACUACGGAUAUUUUAACACCAGUCUAUAUUCAGCUAGAUCAUCAUCAUGAAGGACAAAUUUGUUCAAAUGAAAGUUUAUUGCUUACAUUACCACCUGGUACAACAUUGAUUCAAACAAAUAAUAACGAUCAAUUGAAUCAUGAUUUGACAUUGAAUACUACAAAUACUACUACUGGUAAUAAUGAUAGUAGUAGUACUGCUACUACUAAUACUACUACAUCAAUGAAACGAGUUUACAUUACUAAUGGUAAUCAAAUUCUACCGACAAUUUCAAAAUCAUUUCAAAUUUUACAACCAUUAAAAGUGAUGAAUGUCAUACAUCAUCAUCAUCAACAUCAGCAUCCGCUUCAGCUUCAUCCUCAACAACAAGAACAACAACAUCCAUUUUCAUCAUCCUCAUUAUCAUCGUAUACCGAUCCAAAUUCCGAAUUAUUGUCUACAUCAUUAUCACCGUUUAGUUAUCAGUCAACAUCACCAAAUUCCAUUGUCUCUCCAUUAUCAAAUGAUGUAUUCUUGCCAAUGCAACAAAUUGAAAUGAUUCCAAAUGGAUCACAAUUCAAUCAUGUAAAUGAGAAUAUUUAUGAAUUUAAUGAGACAAAUUCUAUGGAGAUGUGUAUUGAACACGAGGAGGAGGAGGAGGAGAUCGAGGAGCUGCAGGAAGAAUUACUGAUCUGUGAGAAAAGAAUACAUUUAAACAAAUUAAAACAUGUGAUUAAUUUAGAUGAAUGUAUGCAUGAAAUAAGGAGUAAUAAUAAUAGUAGUAACAGCAAUAAUGAUUGGUCAACGACUGUAUCAACGAAAGAAGAACUGAUUAGCCCAUCAUCAUCAUCAUCAUCAUCAUCGUUGUCAGUAACACCGACCCAGGAAUCGAAAACAGUCAAAUCAACUAUCCAUCAUCAUAAUCAGUACGCCGGUGAAUCAUCAUCAUCGUCGACAAUGCAUUCAUCAAAUCAUCCAGACCAUCAUGAAGAGGAGCAUCAGCAUCAUCAUCAUCAUCAUCAUCAUCAACAAACAAAUCAGCAUAUUUCUAUAGAAACAGAUUUAAAUGAUGCAGAUUUUUCAAUGACCAAUGAACAUGAUCAAUUUGAUUUAAAUUUCGAUGCUAUGAUGAAUUCCAUUGAUAUUACAACAUUUUUACCAGAUACAUUUCAUACAAAUGAAGAACACGACCAGUCAAUUCAUCAUGAUUUUAUGAAUGAACAAUUAAAUUCAUAUUCUAAUGAAAAUGAUCAUCAUCAUCAUCAUAAUGCUAAUCAUGAGAAUAUUCAUUCAGAAUUAAUGAAAAUUGAUGAAUUCAACGACACAUGUACAAUGAUCAAUGAUCUAACAACAACAUCAUCAACAACAACAACAACAUCACCAAUGGCAACAAUGACAACAUUCAAACAAAAUUUAUCACCAACAAUACAACAAUCAUCAUCGACUCAUAAGUUAAACAAUUCACAAUUACAUAAUAUUGUCAAAUAUGAAAAUGAUUUUACAAAUGGCAAUAUUUCAUCAUUACAAAAAGUUGAUAAUUAUUUACAGCCAACAUCAUCAUCAUCGACAAUGCAAACAUUACAUUGUCCCAACUCGGUGUCAUCAUCUUCAUCAGUUAUUUUAAGAAUGAAUUCAUUAAAUGAAUUAUUGACUAAUUCUUCACAAAUUUGUUCAUCAACAUUGGCCGAUUUGGAUUCGUUAGAUAAAUCGAGUUUAUUUAUCAUUAAACCAGAAUGGUCUGUAUUAGCCUAAAAACUAUUCAUCAUAUUGAUUAUUGAACUAUCCAAACUUGUACAAUUACAGACACACUCACACAUGAGUACAUAUACAGUUUAUUUCGAUUUCACAUUUUCGGGCCAUAUCCUAGUUGCAUAACUCAGGUGCUUUUUUUUUACUUAGUCUCAUUUUUAUUUUUGGUGCUUAUGUGUGUUGAAUUUUUCUUUAUUUUCAAUUAAAUUUUCG